AAAUCUUUAUUGGUCCUCGGUCCUAACCCUUUUAGUCCCAGACCAACCAGAACUUCCAAAUCAAAAACCCUAACCCCCAUUUCAUUUUCUUCUGCGAAGGGAGAAACUAGGGGCUGCUAGGGUUCAAGAAACCUCUUGAUCUUGAUAAUGGCCACAGCAGAGAAGAGAAAGCCCGUUUUCGUCAAGGUAGAAGAACUAAAGCCGGGCACCACUGGCCACAAUCUCACCGUCAAGGUAGUCAACUCCAAGGACGUCCCUGUCCCUAAGCCCCGCCGCGCCCCCAUGUCUAUCUCUCAGCGUCCUAUACGCCCCUCUCGUAUAGCUGAGUGCGUCGUCGGCGACGACACUGGCUCUAUCGUCUUCACCGCCCGUAAUGAACAAGUUGAUCUUAUGAAGCCUGGCAGCACUGUUAUUCUGCGAAAUGCAAAGAUUGACAUGUUCAAGGGGUCUAUGAGGCUUGCAGUGGACAAGUGGGGACGCAUUGAAGUUACUGAACCUGCAAAUUUUGUAGUUCAAGAAAAUAACAAUCUUUCUCUGGUUGAGUAUGAACUGGUUACUGUUCAGGGAUGAUUAGUAUCUUCAGGAAGUGAAUAUUGAAAUAUAUUGAAGACAUUAUAAUUUUUGUUUGUUGUUUGUGAACUGUUUGACUAAGAGACAGCUUUUAAAUAUGGUACAAAGUUUUGGUUCAGAUGUAA